CCGGCCCUUCAAUUGGCCGCACCGGCCCCUUGCCGGAGAGGCGGGAGGAGGCGGGCCUCCAUUGGUCGGGCUCGUCGGCCAAUCCCCGAAGGCCUCGGGGAAGAGGUGGGGGCAGUUUGUGGGGAGCCGCGGUGCGGGCAGCAAGCGAGGCAGCUAGCGGGAUUCCGGAGCGGACCCGGAGGCUCUGCGGGACCCAGUCGGGACCGAGUCGCCGAGGGAGGCACUGCCCGCGCCCCGCCGCCGCGACGGUCUCCUGCGCCGCCCUGAGGAGCCAGCUCCGAGCAUCUCCCGCAGCGGUCACGCUUCGGGGCCAGGAGCGGGAAGCCAAGUGCCGUAGACCCCCGGACCCGAGCGCAGCCUCUUCCCGCCGCCCGAACCACCAUGACCCACUUCAACAAGGGCCCUUCCUACGGGCUCUCGGCCGAGGUCAAGAACAAGAUUGCUUCCAAGUAUGAUCAUCAGGCUGAAGAAGAUCUUCGCAAUUGGAUAGAGGAGGUGACAGGAAUGAGCAUCGGCACCAACUUCCAGCUGGGCCUGAAGGACGGCAUCAUCCUCUGCGAACUCAUAAACAAGCUGCAGCCAGGCUCAGUGAAGAAGGUCAACGAGUCCUCAUUAAAUUGGCCUCAGUUGGAGAAUAUUGGCAACUUUAUUAAAGCUAUUCAGGCUUAUGGGAUGAAGCCACAUGACAUAUUUGAAGCAAAUGAUCUUUUCGAGAAUGGAAACAUGACCCAGGUUCAGACUACUCUAGUGGCUCUCGCAGGACUGGCUAAAACAAAAGGAUUCCAUACAACCACUGACAUUGGGGUUAAGUAUGCAGAAAAACAAACAAGACGUUUCGAUGAAGGAAAAUUAAAAGCUGGCCAAAGUGUAAUUGGUUUGCAGAUGGGAACCAACAAAUGUGCCAGCCAGGCAGGUAUGACAGCCUAUGGGACUAGGAGGCACCUUUAUGAUCCCAAAAUGCAAACUGACAAACCUUUUGACCAGACCACGAUUAGUCUGCAGAUGGGCACUAAUAAAGGAGCCAGCCAGGCAGGGAUGUUGGCACCAGGUACCAGAAGAGACAUCUACGACCAGAAGCUCACAUUACAACCAGUGGACAACUCGACAAUUUCUCUACAGAUGGGAACCAACAAAGUUGCUUCCCAGAAAGGAAUGAGUGUGUACGGGCUUGGGCGGCAAGUAUAUGACCCCAAAUACUGUGCUGCUCCGACAGAACCUGUCAUUCACAAUGGAAGCCAAGGAACAGGAACGAAUGGGUCGGAAAUCAGUGAUAGCGAUUAUCAGGCAGAAUACCCAGAUGAGUAUCAUGGCGAGUACCCCGAUGACUACCCCAGAGAAUACCAGUAUGGCGACCAAGGCAUUGAUUAUUAGAUGCACGCAGAGGAGCCCAGUAUUCAGUCCAUUGUUUUUAUUCAGUGAGAACCAAGCUAGCCUUGAGUAAUUUUUAUCUUGUCUUCCUAAAACACUAUUAUGCUUAUUGUACCUAAUAAAAGAAAUUGCCUUACAUACAUUCCUUUUUCCUUUUUCUGCCUCUUCCCUAAAUAGUUGCCUUUUAGUGCUGUAACAGUUAAAUCCUACAGCAUAACCAGUAAUUCACAUAUGAAGUAAAAAGGAAUACUGUGAAAGGGGAGUACUCUUGUCCAGCCAAUUCGUUUAUUAAAGAUCUAUGCAUUUUUACAAUCUUAAACUGGUAUUUUCAAACGAUAGGAGACUUUUUUUUUUUUUUUUUACAGUUUAGUGUAUCUGGUUUCUACAUGGAAGACUAAACUCAUGCUUAUUGCUAAAUGUGGUCUUUGCCAAUUAAAUAUAAGAUGCAGCAUUUUUUAGAAAUUUACAUAUGGAUGUUUCUACAGUAUUGUUUGCUAAUUUUUAAAUAAAGUCAUGAUCAGUGUGCAUUUGUGAUUAUAUGUGUACUCAUUCUCUUACGUAAGCUGACAAGGUCUUUUCAGAGUGGAGUUUCUGAAGGAGCAUGUAUAAAAAUGGCCUGCAGACAUUUAGGUCUGGGUGGUGCGUUUGCUCUUCCUGUUUGUGCCAAUGUAUCAAUGUAGAGUUGCUCUGUUUUCUUCAACUGUAUUUACUGCUGCAUUUCUCAGCAUAAACUUAUCCCAUUGUAUUUUUUAUAAAUAAAUAUUUUUUUUGAACAUUCA